AUUACCAAAGAGGCUAAUAGCCCAAUACUGAAAACUUAUAAACCCUUAAAAGCCCACUUUCGAAUUAAAGCCUUAAAGCCCAGUUAGGAAAAAGAGUUGACUUUAAAUAGAAGAAAAGAAGUAAACGUUGACAUUUCUUCACGAUUCUUCCUGCGAGUUUUCCCUUCAUCUGAAUUCUCGGAAUCUGGGAUUUUCUUUUCCCGGAAAACUCUCUUGUUCUGUAUUAUAUAUAUAUUUCGAAACAUCAUCUGUCUCAAAUGGGAACUCCGGAGUUUCCAGAUCUGGGGAAACACUGCUCCGUAGAUGAUUGCAAGCAGAUCGAUUUCUUACCAUUCACAUGCGAUCGCUGCACUCAGGUGUUUUGUUUGGAUCAUCGUAGCUACAAUAACCACAAUUGUCCGAAAGGAAACAGAGGAGAUGUAACGGUCGUUAUCUGUCCGUUAUGUGCUAAAGGAGUUCGGUUAAACCCUGACGAAGAUCCGAACAUCACUUGGGAGAAACAUGUUAGUUCAAAUUGUGAUCCAUCAAGCUACGAGAAAACUGUCAAGAAGAAGAAAUGUCCUGUUCCAAGGUGCAGAGAGUUGCUAACGUUCUCCAACACGAUAAGAUGUAGAGAUUGUAGUGUUGAGCAUUGCUUGAAACAUCGGUUUGGGCCUGACCAUGGUUGUGCUGGACCUAAGAAACCUGAAUCGAGAUGGUCUAGUCUUUUAGCUUCGGCGGAGGCAAGUAUCAGCAGGCUCGGUACCGAUCUUAGCCAGAAGUUACAGUUUGCUAAUGGCAAUUCAGAGAAAAUGCCGGAGAAGAAUGGUAAAGUUACGGUUGAUGUUUGUCCGAAAUGCAGCGAGGGUUUCGUGAUCCGGUGGAUUUAUUGAAGCAUAUCGAUAAGGAUCACCAUGGUACUUCUAAAGCUUAGAUUUUUAUAAGCAUGAAAGUGGUGAAGUGGUUACAUAUUGUUGUAAAUGUAUGAUUGAUUAAUUUUUUGUUACAAUUUUUUUUACUAGCUUGGGACUGACUAAUUAACAACCUGGUGAAAGUUGCUUCA